AUGCCAGGUGGGCUCUUCCAGUCCUCGUCGCCUUCCACCAUGAUCGUCACCAGCACUCCGGCUGCCGAUCUCGCCCUCACCAACCUCGCCUACUGCUGCCCCUCCGAUCUCCACCACUUCUCGGUCCCCGGCAUCGAGUUCUCCAUCGCCUCCGGUAUCCGCCCUGGUCACAUCGCGCUGAAUUCUGUUCAACGUCGCCAUGCGAGGGUAACGACUGGCGACUCGAUCCCUGUUAGCAGGUUUGUGGCGCCGGAUGAUUUCGAUCUGGCGUUGCUCACGGUUGAGUUAGAGUUUGUCAAGAGAGGAACCAAAAGUGAACAGAUUGAUGCUGUUCUACUGGCUAAUCAACUGCGGAAGAAGUUUAUCAACCAGGUUAUGACGGUAGGGCAAAGGGUAUCAUUUGAAUAUCAUGGGAACAACUAUAUCUUCACAGUCAAUCGAGCGGAGGGACAAGAAAGGUCAAAUGCUCCCGAAAGUGGAAUGAUCUCAAACGACACAUAUAUCGUCUUUGCAGCAUCGAAUGCUAGCGGAAUAAAGGUAGUCAAUCAACGUGAAGCUGCCAGUAGCAACAUAUUUAGACAGAAGGAAUUUAACCUUCAGUCCCUAGGCAUUGGUGGCUUGAGCGCAGAGUUUACAGACAUAUUUCGAAGGGCUUUUGCCUCUCGUGUUUUCCCUCUACAUGUGACUAGCAAGCUUGGUAUCAAUCACGUCAAAGGUAUGCUGCUCUAUGGGCCUCCCGGCACUGGCAAAACCCUAAUUGCUCGUCAAAUAGGGAAGAUGUUGAACGGCAAAGAACCAAAGAUAGUCAAUGGUCCUGAUGUGUUGAACAAAUUUGUUGGUGAGACAGAGAAGAACGUUAGAGAUUUAUUUGCUGAUGCUGAACAGGAUCAGAGGACUCGCGGCGACGAGAGUGAUUUGCAUGUCAUCAUUUUUGAUGAAAUUGAUGCUAUAUGCAAGUCACGAGGAUCAACAAGAGAUGGUACUGGCGUUCAUGACAGUAUUGUAAACCAGCUACUCACAAAGAUUGAUGGCGUAGAGUCACUGAAUAAUGUCAUGCUUAUUGGAAUGACCAACAGAAAAGAUCUUCUUGAUGAGGCUCUUUUGAGACCAGGACGCUUGGAUGUACAAGUUGAGAUAAGCCUUCCUGAUAAGAACGGCCGCUUGCAAAUCUUUGAGAUCCACACGAACAAGAUGAAAGAGAAUUCUUUUCUUGCUCCUGAUGUCAGUCUUGAGGACCUUGCUGCCCGUUCAAAGAACUAUAGUGGUGCAGAAAUUGAAGGCGUUGUGAAAAGUGCGGUAUCAUAUGCUCUGAAUAGACAAUUAAGUCUCGAUGAUCUUACGAAGCCUGUGGAUGAAGAGAGUAUCAAAGUCACUAUGGACGAUUUUUUGAAUGCGCUCCAAGAAAUUGUCCCUGCAUUUGGAGCCUCCACAGAUGACUUGGAAAGAUGCAGGCGCAAUGGCAUGGUGAAUUGUGGUGAUCGACAUCAGGACAUAUAUGAGAGCGCAAUGCUAAUGGUUGAGCAAGUUAAAGAGAGCGAAGGAAGUGCGCUCGUUUCUUGCCUCUUGGAGGGUCCAAGGGGCAGUGGUAAAACUGCUCUGGCAGCUACAGUUGGCAUCGAUAGUGAUUUUGCAUACGUUAAAAUUGUCUCGACAGAAACUAUGAUUGGACUAGUACCCGAGAGCUCCAGAUGGGCACAUAUUAUGAAGGUUUUCGAGGAUGCAUACAAAUCUCCAUUGAGCAUGAUCAUCCUUGAUGACCUUGAAAGGCUUCUAGAAUAUGAUCCCAUUGGGCAUCGAUAUUCAACUCUGUUACAUCAUAAAGUGUCAGCACUUUUGACGCGUCUUCCUCCAAAGGGAAGGAAGCUGCUCGUGAUAGGGACAACAAGUGCAGUGAGUUUCUUGGAUUCCAUUGGUGCCUGCGAUGACUUUUCCUACACUCACCAUGUCCCCACACUGAAGACAGAGGACGCUAAGAAGGUGUUGGAACAGCUAAACGUUUUCUCUGAAGAUGAUGUUCAAGCGGCUGCCGAGGCUCUAAAUGAUAUGCCCAUCAAGAAGCUUUACAGGCUGAUAGAGCAGGCAGCCUACCGCGGGCACAGUGGAGCUGCAAAGGCCAUCUACUCCGGCCGAGAGAAGAUCAAGAUGGCGCAUUUCUCCGAUUGCCUUCGUUUGCUUAGACGUGGCUAACCAGCUGUGGCGUCCCAUGUUGUUUAUUCUUUUCGCGUCAAGAUCUGUAUAACGAUUUUGCAGUCUGCAUGGAUUGUUCAUUUGUCGAGUAGCAAACACUGCGAGUUAUAUUUAA